AUGUCGAAGCAGCAGGAUAAUCUAUUUUAAAAUAAUAGAUCUUAAAGGGCACUUCGAACAGAGUAAAGCAAGUAAUAUGAAACUGGACAUUUGUAACCUACUCUCAAACAAGUCAAUUCUUCUCAUCAAUCUCAGUCUAUUUCACCCAUUCGAAGUCCGAAUGAAUUGAGUAUUGAUAAUAAGUAAGGAAUCAAUGGAUAACCAAAUAUCAAAAAUGUUGACUAGCAGAUAGGAGCACUAAUUUAAGAGAUAGAGAAACAAAAUAUUUGUAUAAAAUUGAAGACACAAUAAAUAUAGGAGUGCUAAUCAAAAAUAAGUCAACUUGAAUUGCAUUAUGGGUUAAAGAUUGAAGAGAUGGAAACACAGCAUCUUUACUAAAUCCAAUUAACACAAAGUUAAUUAAGAGAGAAAUAAUAGGAGAAUGCAAAUUUAAUUAAUGAAAUUAAUCAAUUAAAAUCCCAAAAAAAUAAGUAUAAUUUACUUGUUGAACAAACAAAUAUAGAAAACAAUUAAUUAAGGGAAUAACUAAGAAAGUUUUAGAUGCUAAAUUCUACAUAAAUGGGGGAUAUAAUUGAUGACCCAUCUUAAAAAUAGUAGAAAUUGGAAAUCGUAUAAAUAAAGUAAUAAAUGAUUAGACUGAAUGAAGUUAUAAAAAGUUUGGAAGAAUAAAAUAAAUAUUAUGAAGAAGAAUGCAAUAAGCACUACAAGGAAAAUUAAUAUUUAAUCGAUCUCCAAAAAGAUUUAACUUAAUAGUUAGAGGCAUAUAAAAUAGAAUUGAUACAAUUUCAAUAAGAAAAUAAUGCAUUGUUAGAGAAUAUAAAUAAAAUGAAAGAAGAGUUCAAUAUUUCCUAAGAAUAAAUAAUUUAGUAAUUAAAAAAGGAAUAGAUAGAAAAACAAUAGCUCUAAAACUAAUAUUAAUAAAAGAUCCGUGAAUUAUAGAAUGCCACCUCUUAAUUAGAAUCUAAGAUUUAAGAAACCUAAUCAACAUCCUCUUAGAUGAACUAGUACUCUUGGAAAAUAAGUUAAUUAGAAUAAUAGGAGAAAGAUUUAUAAAGUCUGGUUGAACAUCAGACAACACAACUAGCAUAAUAACGAAAAACAAUAAGUCUUCUUGAAUAAAACUUAUAAAAUUCAUAAAACACAGAAAUUUAAUAUUAAUAAUUGUUAUAAAAUUAUAAUAGCAUUAAAGAAUAAUAUCAAUAAUAUUCAACUUCAGAACACAAUGCUUAGAAAUAAUAUUUAGAAUAAUAAAAUAAAAUAGAAAAACUAACUGUGAUGUUGAAAAAUAGAUUAAAUGAAAUAGAAUUAUGGAAGAAUAAAUGUUAUGAAAACAGUUCAUAACAAAAUAGAUAACUUUUGGAUUAACUUAUAUAAGAAAAUGAAAUAUUAAGAUAAAAGUGUAAUAUACUAGAAAUAAAUAUUAAAGAAAAUAGCAGCCCUUCUUAAUCCUAAGAAAUCAAUAAGCUUAACCUCAUCAUCAAAUAAUAAUAAGAUAAAAUUAUACACUAAUAGCAACUUUUGGAAAAUCACAAAAAAUAAAUGAGUAGUCCUAAAAGCUAGAAAACAUUUGCAACAGAAGUAAAUGUAAAAGACUUCAAUCCAAAAGGUAAGCAUAAUUGAUUAAUACUUUAUCUAAAUUAAAUAUUCUAUUAAAUAA